GAUGAAAGUAUUCUCUUCCGGUACUUGCUGGAAUCGUGCAUGUCACACUAUGCGCCGCCUUUGGCCAUCUCGGUUGGUCACAAGGCUGGCGCUGUCACACCGACAGACUAGACUAUCCCUACAAGGCCCGUCUCCCAGAUUUUGGCACGGAUCGACAUCCUAUCAAGCCAGAUCCGCUCGACCCGUGCCUCGCAAUGCCGAAAAUGCUACUGACAGAUUAGAACGUGUUGAGGAAAAAGUUGAGGAUGAGAGAUUGGAUGAGGAUAGCUCUGAAGAGGAGAUCGUUGGCGCCCUUGGACCUCCUCCUUCGCCCACCGCUUUCGCAGAGCGGAUUCUUUCCGUGACCCCACCUCAAUCGCCAGUACAAGGAGCUCAAUACUUAAAGCCUCUGCAGGAUGCUCUUUUGUCUGCAUUCCUCCCAGCGAACCAACACGUUCAUCCCGUAGCAUCAUGCUCGACCGAUCGAUCUAGUGACAGUGGCUUGAUGCAGGUCGGUCUGCCGUUCCAUCAGAUCACAGGCGGUGCUCUGGUACCCCCUUCCGCAAGCAGGGACACGGAGCUCCUACAAGAAUCUGUCAUUGCCGUGACAUCACCCUUUGAAGGUGGCAGCUACUACAACUUCGAGUCGGUCAAAUUGACCGCGGCUACAUUGGAUGCCGAUCUGUUGAAGUUUGACCUCGUGCUGGGCGUGGGUCUCAACGGGACUGAGACAGCGUACAAUGACGUGCCCCUAGCUCCAAAGCUGCCGAGACGCCUGAACCCUCCGAUGCAGGAUGUAGCUGGCUUGGAUGCAAGAGUCACAAAGCACGAGGCACCGGCGCCUGCAAGAGCUGCAGAGAACGAAGAGACUGAAGAAACCCAAGACGCCGAGGACUCGAUGGACGAGUCUGGAGACUUUCAGGCGUCCGGCCGGACAAUUCUCGUCACCUCGUUGGUUCCGCAGCAAUUCGGAGGAAGAGACCCCUAUCCUAGGACAACUCGACCGCUGGACAGUGAGAAAGUGGAAUGGGUGCGAUUCUUCCUCGAGAUUCUGAGAGCGCAACGAUCUCGUCGGCCGCGGAUCGUGUAUCUCGAGGGAUCCACAAGUAUGGGUCCCUCUUUCCCAGUCUGGUGGACCUCUUUCAUCAAGGCUGUCCGCCUGUAUCGUGCUGAUAAGGGCGAAAAGGAGGCCUUGGGAAAUUGCGAGGCCAAAAGGAAACUUGUCAUUGUCCUCUCCUUUAGUCCUUCCCUCCUGCCGCACCACUCAGCUACAUCAAGGUCGCAGCCGGUGUCUCAGGCUUCCAUGCCGCCCAAACAUAUUCCGGAACCGCUGCAAAGUCUCGCCUUACACCUUUCUGGAGAGAGAGACCCGGAUGAUGCUGUGCCGUUGUGGUGGGGAGGAAUAGAAAAUGAUACGAACGGUCGCGAGCAACGCAUACGGGAGCGUUUAUCCAGCUUCGUCAAAGGCAAUGACCAAUGUGUAAUCCCAUUCUUAUCGAUCUCUACCGGGGAGCAAGGUGGCUUGAACCUCCCUCUGCCGUUCAUGGAGAUGUUGUCUCCCCAAAGUCAGGCAGAGAACCUGUUCGACAGGAUCAUUUGGAGAUCGAUUCCCAUUGUCCCAGCGAAAAGGCAGCGGCAACACGAGCAAGUGGAAAGGCUUACAUCUCGACUCGCUAUAUCGGCUGCAUUGGUCCAAAAUGCUUUGGCGCCUUUUGAUGGUAGUUUGGGGGAUAUCGAGUCCUGCCUCCGCGAGGUAGGAAGCCACACAAUGUACCGUGACGCUGGAGAUCGUGGCAAGCCUCUUUAUACGCUCGGCCAGGAGCGGAGAGCCUCUAAAGCUUUCGAUUUGAUCGAGGACAGUCAUCUGCAUUGGCAGAAUGCUGUCAUAACCUCUCAAAAAGCAAGAAUUAUAGCAAGCGUGGCCUUAAGCAAUCGAAUACGCGCCAGUCGCAGCUUAGUCGUGCCUUGGUCUGAUAUCAUCGUUGCCUCGAAUGAGGUUUCGACAAUGUCGCAAACGCUCAGGCGACAUGUGGCCGGCCUUACCAAGAAGAUUAAACCGCAGUCUCGGGCUCAACCGCAACCGCCACCGGCCAGGUCAGUUGACUCUUCGGCCUCCCUCAUCGCUUCGGUAAAGAUCUCUAAAGAUCUCGAUACCUACGAAAAACGCCUGCUUCGUUGUAUAGUGGACCCGAGCAAGAUCUCCAGCGGUACUUUUGACAAAGUCCAUCUCCCAGUCGAAACAAUUGACACUAUCCGCACCAUGAUAACGCUGCCCUUACUUUAUCCCGACGCAUUUGCGCGCGGAGUUCUCAAACAUCAUGCCUCCAAUGGCGCAUUGCUCUUCGGGCCCCCCGGCACCGGCAAAACCCUGAUGGCGCGUGCCGUGGCAAACGAAAGCGGGGCAAGAAUGAUCGCAAUUCAGGCGGGAGAUGUCAACGACAAAUACGUGGGAGAGAGCGAGAAACUGAUAAGGGGCAUCUUCUCUCUCGCUCGACGCCUGGCGCCAUGUAUUAUUUUCUUCGACGAAGUAGAUUCUCUCUUCGGCGCUCGAUCUGGAGACUCUUCAGGUCGACAUCACCAUCAAGUACUGACAGAAUUCAUGCAGGAGAUGGAUGGUCUGGGAACAGCAGAAGUUAACAAGAAGAAGGGAGUGAUGGUCAUAGGGGCAACAAAUCGACCUUUUGAUUUAGAUGAAGCUGUCUUAAGACGUUUACCUCGAAGACUAUUGAUUGAUCUCCCGGAUGUGAAAAGUCGUCGAGCGAUCCUGGACAUCAUGCUGCAAGAUGAAGCUGUGGCAGACGAUGUUCAACUCGACGCUAUUGCCCAGGACACUGAGGGAUUUUCUGGUUCAGAUUUGAAGCAUCUCUGCGUGUCCGCCGCGAUGGCUGCUGUGAAAGAGACCGUCAAGGUUCCUUGGAAGACCAAAGACGUCGUAGCUAUCUCGGAUGGCACAGUCCAGCAAGAUUCAGAUACCCACCUGAAGAGAGUCCUUUGCCGUCGUCACUUCGACUCUGCACUCAAGCAGAUCCGGCCGUCUGCAUCUGAGGAAGGUACUUUCACCGCGCUGCGGAAGUGGGCAGAGCGAUUUGGAGACGGCGGCAGUGGGCGAGGCCGCAAGACGGGAUUCGGUAACGGAUUUGGGUUUAGCGACCCAGCAUCAAAAUCUCGCAGAGAUACGGGAUACGGUCGGAUCACGCAGGUAUGA